GAGGGGAGAGGAGCAGAAGUAGGUGCGCACGCAUCCCUUGCCAGCCCCACCCUGUUGGCCGUCCCUGUUUCCCCUGCUGCGCGAUCGUGAUGCCUUGCGAGCACAGUUAAUCUCCACGACUUCGAGUAUGUGUUUUACUUCCGGAUCCCACACUUACAACACCGGAAGCCGGAAGCAGGAGUUUCCACAGCCGAGAACGGAAGGGUGACCGCCUAACCAAGACUUUCUGGGAGCUCCGAUUCAAUCUGAGAGGUCGGGUUCCGCUGCUUUGGCCCUCUUGACUUCUGAUCGACUCUGCUGACAGACACUGUCUUGUUGGAUGAGCAGGCACCUCUGGAAGAACCAGUUGAGUGAAAUGGUGCAGCCCAGUGGUGGCCCAGCAGGGGACCAGGACAUGCAGGGUGAAGAAUCUUCUUUGGGGAAGCCGGCAAUGUUACAGCUGCCUUCAGAGCAGGGUACUCCUGAGACCUUCCAGCGCUGCCUGGAAGAGAACCAAGAGCUCCGAGAUGCCAUCCGGCAGAGCAAUCAGAUGCUAAGGGAACGCUGUAAGGAGCUGCUGCAUUUUCAGGUCAGCCAACGGAAGGAGAAGGAGUUCCUCAUGUGCAAAUUCCAGGAAGCCAGGAAGCUGGUGGAGAGACUGAGCUUGGAGAAGCUUGACCUACAGAGGCAGAGGGAACAGGUCUUAAAGGAUUUGGAGCACCUGAAGAAAUGCCAACAGCAGAUGGCCGAGGACAAGGCCUCUGUGAAAGCCCAGGUGACAUCAUUGUUGGGGGAACUCCAGGAAAGCCAGAGUCGCUUGGAGGCUGCCACCAAAGAACGGCAAACUUUAGAGGGAAGGAUGCGAGCAGUUAGUGAGCAGGUUAGACAGCUGGAGAGUGAGCGGGAGGUGCUGCAACAGCAGCACAGUGUGCAGGUGGACCAGCUUCGCAUGCAGAACCAGAGUGUGGAGGCUGCCCUGCGAAUGGAGCGUCAGGCUGCUUCAGAGGAGAAGCGGAAGCUGGCUCAGUUGCAGGCAGCCUAUCACCAGCUCUUCCAAGACUAUGACAGCCACAUCAAGAGCAGCAAGGGCAUGCAGCUGGAAGAUCUGAGGCAGCAGCUCCAGCAAGCUGAGGAGGCCCUGGUAGCCAAACAGGAAUUGAUUGAUAAACUGAAAGAAGAAGCUGAACAGCACAAGAUUGUGAUGGAGACUGUGCCAGUACUGAAGGCCCAGGCGGAUAUCUACAAGGCUGAUUUCCAAGCUGAGAGGCAUGCCCGGGAAAAACUGGUGGAGAAGAAGGAGCUUUUGCAAGAGCAGCUGGAGCAGCUGCAGCGCGAGUUCAGCAAGCUGAAGGUUGGCUGCCAUGAGUCAGCCAGGAUUGAGGAUAUGAGGAAGCGACAUGUAGAGACUUCCCAGCCCCCUUUACUCCCUACUCCAGCUCACCACUCCUUUCAUCUGGCUUUGCCCAACCAGCGGAGAAGUCCUCCUGAGGAACCACCUGACUUCUGUUGUCCCAAAUGCCAGUAUCAGGCGCCUGAUAUGGACACUCUACAGAUACAUGUCAUGGAGUGCAUAGAGUAGGAACAGCAGAUGUAAGGCUACUUGUAAUACCAUGUCCUGAACUAUGCAACCUGUGCUUUUCUGUUUUGCCUGCAUAGUCCACAAUUGAGGGCUUGUUGUCAAAGAGCUGGCCCCAGGAACUAGUAGGACCCUUGCUUUAGCCCUUUGGUCUGCUAGUUCCACGCUAGGGUAGACAGCCCCAGUUAGGGCUGUUUUUUUCCCCUUUUCUUCUGUGUGCGUGAACCACUUGCCUCUGAUACCUUUUUCCUCCCUCCUGUAUUCUCCUAGGGAGUCUAGAAUGGAGGCUAGGGGCUCUCAGGAAGUACCCCUUCUCCAAGCAGGGCUGGGUUCUGCUCUUCCUCCAGCUGGUGCCUUUUUCACCCUGAGCUGCAGGCUGUCCUCCCAGGGUAUGUGGCACUUAGGGCCAUAACAUGUGUUGCCUCUGAUGGACAUUUGGGAAGUAUUCUAUCUUUUUGAUACCAGAAGUAAUGGUGUAGUGAAAGUACUUGUGCACUGAUCUGUGUGUACCUUUAAGACAUAUGCUUAAACAUAACAUUGGAGCCUUGCCAUGGAGGAGGUGGGUCCACCUUUGUGUUUCUGCCAUCUGCUAGACGUGCUGUUCUUUACUAAAGAGUGUGCUUAAGUGUCCUUUUCUAGGUUAUGUGGACCCUUUUUAAUUCCACUGAUGCAACUUGGAUUUUCAUAUUUUUUAUUCAUUUUUCUGUUUCAUCAUUGCUAUUUGUUCCUGGACUUUGGGGUGCUCUUUGAUCAUGAGUUAGGUUAGUUCUUGUCUAUCACAGAAAGUGCAUACCUUGUUCCACUUUGAUUGUGUUACUGUUUUGGGUCCUAGAAGCUGUUUAUGUACUCAUAUCCAUUCUUUAUUCCCAUAUUUUGGCAUUGGAGUUGUGAAUGCUUUGUGGUCUGACAGAAGGGCAUUUCACAUACAUGCUUUUCUUGUUCUAGCCCCAGUGCGCUCUUGUCUUUGUGAAGCACAUUGUUGUCUUGUGUGAAUGGUGGUUUCCAUAGUUCAUCACACUCUAGGAGUUUGUGAUGGCAUGCUCUCCACUAGCCCAGAUAAUCCUGUCUUGGGAACCAUUUAGUAGUGACUGGCAGAUUGAAUGCAAGGUUCUAGACAUUUUCUGGGACCUUACAGCCAUUGGUAUUAGCCUUGCAAUUCUAGUAAAGGAAAGGAAGUUGGAGAUGAGAAAACAAUAGAAGUGCCUUGCUGACUCCCCAGGCCUGAAACCCUUUCUGCCCUCCUGAAAGCUUUCAUGGUUCUGAGUGGGAUCUGUAAAUCAAUCCCUGCCUGGGACUUAUUCACAGGGCUUCUUGCCCAUUAAGAGCGAAAAGGCUGAGUAGAAUUAGGAUUUAAAAAGUAAGCCUGAGUUGGGGGCUUCCUAAUUUUCAGGGGAUAAGGAGCAAGUUUUUGUUCCCUAAUUCCCAGGUAUCUAUCAGACAGAUCUUUGGGGAAAUGUUAAAGGGAUAAACAUGUUCUUUGCUCAUGAGCCCCUCAUUUAAAUACCUAAUCUAAUUUUCCUUCAGGAGUACUAUUGAUUUGGUUUGAUUUAGUUCAGUUUUGUGGUGGUCUAUGACUUUCCUAUAGCUGUUCUAAAAAUUCUCAGAGACUUGAAGCAGCAAAAGGAUCACUCUUUUAUGUCUGGAAGUCAGAUGUUAAGUUUCUUCUGAGAAUCAAUUCCAGGCUUUCUCUCAGUUCUUGGUGGUUUCUGACAGUCUUUGUUGUUGGCUUAGCUUAUAGACCCAUCACUCCAAUCUCUGGUUCCAGGGCCUCAUGGACUCUUCCUUUAUACCAAAUUGUAGAUAUGGGGUCUAUCUGGUAAUUAAGGAGCUCAAGACUCUUACCUCACUAUACCUUCCAAGACCCUUUUCCCAAAUAAAGUCAUGUUCUCAAGUUCUGGGGGUUUGGGCUUACACAACCCAGAGUAGGGAUAUCAUCAGAACCUGAGUGCAGCCCAAAGGCAGGUGCCUUUAAGCCUUGCAAUUUUGUUAGACAGACUUGGUCUAUAGGGUGAUGGUGAUCAUUAGGCUUCAGAAUUUGGAGGUCAGGCCCUUGUAGGUUGGCUGUAGCGGGAGAAAGUUGUUGACUUCUUGCAGUUGUUGUAUGGGCUUCAUGCUUCUUGGUUAAAUAGAGAUGCAUAGGUACAUUUCUGACCAGUACUUUAUCCUGAAAGUGGCUCAGAAAGCCGGUGUGACCCACGUUGCACAGUAGGCUCACUCAGAAGCUUGAACGCUUGAAAACAUUCUGGCUUGGGCUCCACGAACUGGUCAAGCCAAAAUCUGAGGGUAGCCCCAGGCAAUGGUUGGGACCUAGUACCCUUCUCAGAAGGUGGAGACCCUUGACACGUCCUUACCCUAAAGUAUAAUGCAUGAUUAACCACACAUUAGAUGUCAAGGAUUUGGGAUUUUACCAUCUUUCCUGACAUGGGACAUGCUUCUUUCUUUUCUGGAAUUACUUAACUAGACCUGGAAAAACUGGUUGUUUGUCCUUACCCCCCUAUACAAGGGAAUUAGCCUAUUUGCCUUUAUGAGCUGUGGCCCCUGGCAGACAGCUUCUAUAUCCAGACAACCAGAAGCAUGUCCUUCCCCAGAAGUGCUGUUACUGUUACUUAUGCCCUCUUACUGUUGACCCAUGACCAAGAGAAAUCCAGAGAGACAGUAAGACAGUGCAGAGUACUUUACCCACUGCAGUAACAAAGGAUAAGGUGCAGAUUGUAAGUAGAGAUGAUGUCAAAAUAGGAACAAUUGCAGCACUGUUUGUGAUACCCUCAGGCAUGCUGAGACCAUGAAGUGUUUCCCUUUUCAAGGUGGGGGCUGCUUGGUGAGAUGGAGCAAGCACUUUGGAAACAUCCUCAGCCCUCUAUAUGACAAAUUGGUUCUCACAGUGACUGCUUGAUUGCAGUGACUCUCAUGGCACCAUCAUUUGUCACCACCAAAGGCUGUGAUGAAAUAGACCAUAUAUCUGAUGACAUAGCCAGCAUCUUAAACAUUUUGUUGCAUGAAACAUUCUCUGUAGUAUGGUAUAAAAAGGCCAGAGGAUUAAAUUAUGCAUAGAAUGUGAAAUAAAGAAGUAAGAAUCGCAAGUAUGUACCCUAUCCUCACUUGGUAGAUAUAGGUAUAGAAUUGCCAGUAACAAAGUUUUUCUUUUGUUCUAUUUCUAUGCCUUUAAUUCUCAUGUAUUAUAUAGGAAGUAGCUGUUGCAUACAGGUUUGAGGUUUCCUCUGUCUAUGACUGAGGAAAGCUCAUUGUUGAUACAACAGAGUGAUGCAAGGGGCCAAGUCAAUUAACAUGGGGCCUGGAUUUCCUGUGAAUGCAGCAACAAAGUACCACACAUUGGGGGCUUAAGCAACAGAGAUUUCCUGUCCCCCUGUUCUGGAUGGCAGAGAUCUGAGAUAAGAGUGGGCAGAGUGGGGUUCUUCCUAAGAGAUAACCCAUUCCAGACCCCUUUCCCAUUGUGUAGCAGGUCCUUGCAAUUCUUAGUGCUCUCUGAUUGGACCUGUAUCUCGGAUUCUGCCACUUUUGUCACAUGGUCACCUUGUGUUUCCUUUUUAUAAGCACACCAAUGUCAAACAAAGGUGGAUAUUUGGUAACAUAAAAACAUUUUGUUCAGUAUCUAGUGAUGGAAAGAGCCAAUCUGCAGAGAUGGUCAGAACAGCAUGAGGGUUUUAGGUAUGGAGCUGUGGCCAACAUCAUGGAUAUGAAGGAGAGAGGAAGAGGCAUCUAUCUAGUGACUACUAGGCUUUUGGCUUCACACCCGGGUACCUGGGCCAUGUAUGUACUACUGGGAGAACUAGGGAAAAGGACAUCAGAGUUGUGAGAGAAGCAGUUCAGUGUUCAAUUCUGAUCUAGCCAGGCUCAGCAUGAGAUGUCUCAGGUCCCUUCAUCUUGCCUUGACUGUGAGGGGUAGUUUCACAUUGAGACAUUAUCCAUUGUUUACUGGCAGCCAGUGUGAUCUGGUAAAUCUGUUUCCAUUUUUGCUUAAUGUUCUCCACUGAUUUUCUGUUGCUUCAGGUCUAAACUCCAUCCUCAGCCUUAUGUUGCUCUAACUUCAUGUCAUCUUCCCUAAAGCCCAGCCAUUCCACACUGGCCCUUUUGUCUUUCCUCAAACCCAUUAACCCUUCUGUGUCUUAAGGCCUUUGCCUCUGUUGGUUGUCUCCUUUGAUGAGAAGGCUCUGUCUCCUAAUCUGCACAGCUGAUCUCUUUUUGUCAUUCAGAUCUAAGUAUAAACAAAAGUUCUUUCAUCUGAAGUCUUUAUCCUAAAUCACAUUGCCUUGUUUUAUCUCACAUCAAAACCACUGACCUUCUCUAUUCUGCUGUUUCUUUCCUCCCACUAGAGGGAGACAGAAGCCUUGUCAAUCCAAUUUAGUAACACACAGGGAUACUGUGUUUACUGAUGGCUGAGCUUGUCUGACAUGACAUCAGGAUUCCUCUGCCAGUAUUUUCACAGACAUCAUCUGUCACCAUAAUUGGUGACUUAUAGAAGUAAUUAUAUUAAUGUACUAGGAAUAAUAAUACAGAAAUCUUAUUUUAGAACUAUAGCUUUUUUGGUGCUGAGGAUGGAACCCAGGGUCUUGCACAUGCUAAGCAUGCAUACCACCACUGAGCUACAAUCCCAGUUUAUCAGUUUUUCUCUGUGUCCCCCUACCCCUCUCUCUGAUAGUCCCAUUCUGUAGCCCUGCCUAGCUUAGAACUUACUGUGUAAUCUAGGAUGGUCUUGAACUUGCAGCUAUCCUAUUGCCUCAGCCUCUCUCUCCAGUUCUAGGAUUACAAAUAUGUUCCACUGUGCUUGACUCACAUUUUUCAUUUUAUUCAGAAUUUGAACAGGUAUCUGGGCAUAAUGGUACACAUAAUUCUGGCCGAGAAGACGACAUAGGGAGAGUACCAUGAAUUUGAGGUCAAUGUGGGCACAAAGCAAGAUUUGGUUUCAGAUAGGAAAAAACAGGAUUUGGAAGGAUGGGUCAUGUGAUCUUCAUAAUAUAUAGUUAAGGAAACAGAUUCUGAGGUCAUACAGACAAGUUUCAGUGUGAACAUUAAUGAAAUCCCCGAGCCUUGACUUCCUUAUCUGUAAAAGUACACAUUAAUUUUAGUUUAGACCCAAGUCUAGAUUUUUCCAUAGGUUUUGAGAGCUGGAAUGAAAGUCAGUUGGACCUGUCUGUGGUAGAGCAUGUACUUGAAGUUGAAGCAGGAUGCUAAUGAGUUCCAGGAUAACUUAGGCUACAUAGCAAGGCUCUUUCUCACAACACAAACAAAAAGUCAACUGGUGAAUCCCUGGGGAUGGGUGGGAUGAGGAGAGAGUGAUAGUGGGCACACGGUUCUUUGGGGGGAAUGGGGAUGUUCUGAAAUUGGUCACUGUAAAGGGAAGCCUUUUCCUUGAGAGAAGCCUUCCCGCCAGCCUGGUUCUAGUGCUGCAUCAGUCCCAAAUAAACACACAGGAGGCUAUAUUAAUUAUGAA